CUACCAAAAAACAUAGCAAAAUGCUGUCCUGUGCUUCAUUGAACAAACUUCUCUAUUCCACGUCAGCAACAGUUUCAGAUGUUUGUGCUUCUGUAUCUGACAUUGAAUGCCAUGAUGAAACGGCUAAUACUGCAGGCGAUCUCAGUACUCUCACAAAUCUACCGCCAUUGUUGAAAGGCAGCAACGCUCCGAGCGAGACACAAAGCGAAAUCUCUUCGGUAGAUAGCGAUUGGAGUGAUAUUCGAACCAUUGCACUGAAAUUGGGCGUGCAAAAUCCGGAAGAUUUGCACACCGAACGUUUCAAGGUGGAUCGCCAGAAGUUGGAGCAAUUAUUAAAGGUAUCCAGUUCUGUUGAAGGCAUGAAUGGCGCAGAGUAUUUCUUUGAUAAAAUUAUGAACAAUACAGAGACCUAUGUGAGCUGGCCUUGCAGACUUAAAAUUGGCGCAAAGAGCAAGAAGGAUCCUCAUGUACGAAUAGUGGGGAAAGUAGAACAGGUGCAGCUCGCUAAGGAGCGUAUUUUGAGCAGUUUGGACUCGAGAGGUACUCGCGUCAUUAUGAAAAUGGACGUUAGCUAUACGGAUCACUCUUACAUUAUUGGAAGGGGCGGCAACAAUAUCAAACGCAUUAUGGACGACACGCACACUCACAUACACUUCCCCGAUUCAAAUCGUUCUAAUCCCACAGAGAAAUCCAAUCAAGUGUCGCUUUGCGGCAGUUUGGAGGGGGUAGAACGAGCACGUGCCUUAGUACGACUAUCAACUCCCCUUUUGAUAUCUUUUGAGAUGCCCGUCAUGGGACCAGGAAAGGUACAGCCGGAUCAUGAGACGCCAUAUAUCAAAAUGAUUGAAACGAAGUUUAAUGUUCAGGUAAUAUUUUCAACACGGCCAAAGCUACACACAUCUCUGGUGCUAGUUAAAGGCUCCGAAAAGGAGUCUGCGCAGGUUCGCGAUGCUACACAAUUGUUGAUUAAUUUCGCUUGCGAGAGUAUUGCAAGUCAAAUUCUCGUCAGUGUGCAAAUGGAAAUAUCGCCACAACAUCAUGAGAUUGUAAAAGGAAAAAAUAAUAUUUAUCUUUUGAGCAUCAUGGAACGCACACAGACGAAAAUAAUUUUCCCCGAUCUGAGUGAUAUGAAUGUGAAACCGCUUAAAAAGUCACAGGUGACAAUUAGUGGUCGCAUCGACGAUGUAUAUAAGGCGCGACAACAAUUGCUUGGCAAUUUGCCAAUAGCACUGAUCUUUGACUUUCCGGAUAAUCAAAAUGACGCCUCCGAGAUAAUGGGCCUGAAUACUAAAUACGGCGUGUAUAUAACACUGCGUCAAAAGCAGCGACAAAGUACACUGGCUAUUGUAAUUAAAGGUGUUGAGAAGUUUAUAGACAAAAUUUAUGAGGCCCGACAUGAAAUUUUGCGCUUAAAAACAUCGAUCAUAAAACCCGAAAUACCAGAACAUUAUUUCAUGUCCAAAGAAAAGGAUAGUAGUCCAGCGUACCGCGUGCAAUUGUCAGCUCUACUAUCCGGCCAUCCGGACAGCCCGAAGACACCAUCACUGCUGCCGCCUGCAAUUAUUGGGUCACUGACCCCAUAUGCUAAUAACAACCAUUUGCUUUUAAAUGGGAAUGUCAACGACACAUAUCAAAACAUGGCUACACCCACGGGUAUUUCUGCACCAACGCAUAAGUAUAUGCAGCUACACAAUAACAGUUUCCAACGACAGAAGCAACAGUCAGUUGUGCAACCAGUCAAUCACAACAACUAUCUGAAAGUGCCAAGCGGCUUAAUAAAACCGUCUACCUGUUCCUCCAGCUUAAACGUCUCACCACGAAACAGCUGCAGUCAGAACACAAGUGGUUAUCAAAGCUUUAGCAGCAGCACCACGUCCCUGGAACAAUCAUAUCCUCCAUAUGCGCCAAUUCCCACAACUAUCAGUUCAUCGACGUCUUCAUCGUCCUGCGGUGCACACACCUACCACUCCCCGGACUCAUCGACAUAUGAAUCUGGACACCUGAGCGCAGCUGUUCGUCUCGGAAGACGUCUGAGCGAUGGUGUGCUUCUUGGCUUGGGCAGUAAUGGCGGAGUCAACUCUGCGCUGCCUAGCAGCGCUGAAAGCUAUCGAAGCCUUCACUAUGAUCUACUGAACGUCGGCCACAAGCAGCAGCAACAACCGAUACAUGCGCUCGAUUUUGAUAUAAAGCGCGCCCUGGGAUUUAAGGCCAUGGACCGCAAUCCUGUGGCAGGAAAACUGCGCACUCCCACGCCAGUUUGGCGGGGAAUAGGCCUCAGUCGUACAUCACCUGCACCUAUAGAGACAACGGAUGAUGUGAGCUGGCACAUGCCGCCACCGCCUCCUGGACUUAACUCACCUUACGCUCUAAGUGCCACGACCGGCUUGCUGGAUGUGACGCCGGUUAACAGGCGUACGCAGCUGUCUCAGCACAAGGACAUUCACAUGCUACUGACAAAUCUUGGUUUGGAGCAUUACAUCAAAAUUUUCGUACUGAACGAAAUAGAUUUGGAUAUAUUCACCACCCUUACGGAGGAAAAUCUUAUGGAGUUGGGAAUCACGGCGUUCGGGGCACGGAAAAAGCUGCUUGGAGCAAUUUACACCCUGACCAACGAUACCGCCAGCAACGGCAUGCCGAGCAGCAGCUCAUCGCCACGUUUCUCAGGAAGUGCUGCGCCCGGUGCGGAACGUCGCCCGUCGAACCAAUGGUAAUACUUAUUUACCUAUCACGGUCCAUUCUAAACUCACUUAUUGUCUGGCCGAAAUUAUUUAAUUGCUUGGUUACAAAUCCCUUUUUGGUUUUAUAGUAAUAGUAAGGCUGCUCGAAACGGCCGGCGACAUUGCCAGCCAGUAACGUUUAUUCUUCAGUUGACUUUAUCGCUUUUUAAGUAUCUAAUUUAAAGUAAUGUAUCUAAUUUAUUUCACAUGUAUUUAUAUUUUGGUAUUCGCAUGCAUUAGCAAAACCACAAUUUAUGAAUUAUUUAUGAAAUUUAACUUAAAAUUGUUUAUACUGUAAAGAAAUGAAUUUAUGCAAAAUAACUGAACUUUUCAAAGAACAUUGUAA